AUGGCCGACUCCAAAGAGACAGGGGUAAUAGUCGGUUCUACCACGAAUUCGGAUAACGAAGAGGGAAUCGUGAAAGAUCCGGUCACGAUCCAAAUCGACGAGUCUGCAUUCGAGCAGCCAAAGUCUCCUCUAUGGCGCCGAAUUCUAUCCUUCAUCUGGGACUCUGCCGAUGGCGAUCCGGAAUACCGUCGCUACGUGCGGCGUCUGGAUCUUGGUCUUUUCCCCAUCGUCUGUCUAGGGUAUUUCAUAAAGUAUCUGGACCAAACGAAUUACAGCAAUGCCUUCGUCAGCGGCAUGCAGGAAGACCUAAGCCUCUACGGCAACGAGCGAAACUGGCUAAACACAUGGUUUGCCCUUGGGAUCAUCAUCGGCAGCGUGCCGGCGCAGAUGUCACAGCUCAGCUUCGUCCGACCAUCCGUCCUUAUCCCGACUUGUGAGAUUAUGUGGUCUGCUCUUGUGAUUUCGAUGGGAUUUGCAAAGAACAUCAAGACUAUGUACGCCUUACGCUUCUUUGUAGGUCUCCUGGAAUCGUGUGCUUUCCCCGGCUACAUUGCCAUUCUGGGUAGUUGGUAUGGCCCUCAGGAACUUGCCAAACGUACAGCUAUCCUCCUCGAAGUCGAAUCAAUUGCCAGCAUGUUCAGUGGGUAUCUGCAAGCUGGUUUGUAUAACAGCAUGAAUGGCCAUGCCGGCUUGGCUGGUUGGCGAUGGCUGUUCGUCAUGGAUGGUGUGAUCUCAAUACCUAUCGCCUUGGCUGGGUUCGUUCUGUUGCCAAACAAUCCAUACAAUACGAAAGCAUUCUACUGGUCUGCUGAGCAUAUCCGAUACGGGAUCGAACGUGUCGAGAAGUUCGGUCAGCAAGCUCCCAAGAAGCUGACCCUCCAAGAGAUCAAACGCAUAGCGUCAAGCUGGCAGCUCUGGGUCUUCGUUGGCUCUUAUACCAUGAUCGCCGCCUGCCACACAGCAACCAGCUACUUCAAUCUCUGGCUCAAAGCCGAGGGCUAUAGCGUCGAUAAAAUCAACUAUCUUCCCACCGGCGGCAACGCCCUCGCGAUCGUCGUAACACUGGCUUGGGGCAUGAUUGCUGAUCGAACCGGUCAAUUCUACUGGCUGAUCAUCAGCCUGCAAUUCUGGAUGAUACUUUCCAACAUCCUGCUCUCAGUCUGGAACAUCCCCAAAGCAGCUCUCAUGUUCGCAUACUAUAUUUCCUACGCGGGAUCAGCUGCGACACCAGUGUUCAUCGCUUGGGGAGCAAAGCUGAAUGCUGGAGACCCGAAUCUAAGACAGCUUCUCGUGGCUGUAUCGAAUGUUGUCUCCUAUGCCUGGGUACUUUGGGUUCCGCUCGUCCUCUUUCCAACUUACGAUGCGCCCAAGUACAAAUACGGCUACCAGAUCUUGAUACUCUUCGGCGGUCUAGCCAUUACAUUCGUUACAACCAUGAAGCUGCUGUACCAAGGCAAAGAGUAA